UCAAAUCCGAUGCAAUAUUAAGCCCCAGAUCCAACGGGCCUCAACACUCUCUACCCACAGCCGGCGAAAGUACCGGCCGUGACAACGUUCGAAUUCCGGCUGAAUUGGCGACUUGGACUUGGACCAAGUGUGAUGCUUGAGGUUUUGGGUGGCUAAGUUUAAUGGCAGACUCGGACAAUGACUCGGGAGGAGCUCAGAACAACAACAGCGGCGGCAACGUGAACAGCGAGUUGUCGGCGAGAGAGCAGGACCGGCUGCUUCCGAUCGCGAACGUGAGCAGGAUAAUGAAGAAGGCGUUGCCAGCGAACGCAAAGAUCUCGAAGGACGCGAAGGAGACUGUGCAGGAGUGCGUGUCGGAGUUUAUCAGCUUCGUCACCGGAGAGGCGUCGGACAAGUGUCAGAGAGAGAAGAGGAAGACGAUCAACGGUGACGAUCUCUUGUGGGCCAUGAUGACGCUGGGGUUCGAGGAGUACGUGGAGCCGUUGAAGGUGUACCUCCAGAAGUUCCGCGAGGUGGAGGGCGAGAAGACCGCUGUGGGCAGACAGGUCGAGAAGGACGGCGGCGGCUCCAGCGGGGACGGAGGUAAUGGCGGCGUAGUAAACACUGGAAACUUCGGAAGUGGGUACGGUGCGAUGCAGCAGACAAUGAUGAUGAUGGGCCACCACCAGCAUCAUCAAGGACACGUCUACGGAUCAGGGUCGUAUCAUCAGAUGGGUAGCGGCAGUAGACCUACCUCCGGUGGUUCUAGCAGUGGUGGCGGAGCCGCCACCGGAAGACCCAGAUGAAGAUGAAGAAGUAGAUGAAGACGAUGAUGGGUUCUGUAUGUGAGGAUCACAGGCUAUGUUCGAAUACAUUCUUUUCUGGAGCUACUGGAGCUAGCUGGAGAAGGGGAUGGAUGAAGAAAACACUAGCUACAGCCCUUGCUCUUGGUUUUUCUUCUUCUUUUUGUUUUUUUCUUUCCUUUCCAGUUUAUUUCAUAUAUAAAUUGUAAAUCCCAAAAAAAAAAAAAAAAAACCCAGAAAUUAAGCUAGCUUGAAAUCUAUAAACCAUAUAAUUCAUGAUGGAUUUCUUGUUAUGGGUUGUUUCCAUCUCCACACUGGAUGAUUUCUUUUACUUUUAUCUUUUCUAUCUUCGGGAAGUGGGGAGGGAGAGAAAAGAGAAGCCACUAGCCAGUUCCAAUUUCCAAAAGCGCUCGUGUAAGAUUUUGACUUCUGAGCUCUGAAUAUGGAAACCGAGAAAACAAGCGGCGAUGCUCCUCCAAAUUAUACUGUUUGUCUGAACCAAAGUGGCAAAGAGACGGAGGAGGCUCCCUUUCCGCUGCAUACUCCACCUGUCCCUCUCUCACAAUUAGGCCGUAAAAUUAGUCAAACUUUUUUCCCUUCUCUUUCUUUUCCUUUCUAAUAGGUGUUUUUCUUCGUGUAUUCCCAUUACUCAAAAUAAAAUAAUGUCAUUGUUGUUUGUACA